AUGGCGGAGUUCGCGCUUGGGCUGACCAAGACAGCGGUGGCUGGGACGGUGAGCAGGGUGAAGUCGGCGAUCGAGGAGGAGGCGAAUCUGCGUGUGCGCGUGCAGGACGACCUGGUGUUCAUCUCGGGGGAGUUGGAGAUGAUGCAGGCCUUCCUCAGCGCCUCCGGUGCCGGGGAGCGUGCCUCCAAGAACCAGGUGGUGCGGACGUGGGUGAGGCAGCUCCGCGACCUGGCCUUCGACGUUGAGGACUGCGUCGAGUUCGUGGUCCACCUGGACAACAAGACGUCGCGCUGGGACUGGGUCCGACGCCUGGCUUCCUCCUUCCUGGUAUGCAUGUCGAUGCCGCCGCUGCCCCUGGACGCGGCGGUGGAGGAGAUAAAACGGCUCAAGGCGAGGGUGGAGGACGUAAGCCAGAGGAACAUCCGCUACAAGCUCAUCACGAGCGGCGGCGAUGAUCAGCAGAUUCUUACACAGCCUGCCGUCGGCGGUGCAUCAUCAUCAUCAUUAUCAUCAUCAUCAGCGGCGGCGGCGGCAACAUUCCAGGCUCUGAGGAAGGUGUGGAAGGACACGGGAAAGCUUCACGACGCCGUGAGUAGCAGCGAUCUCAGCAAGUUGAUCGACUGCCAAGGCAGUGAACUCCAAGUGAUCUCGCUGUGGGGCAGUCCGCAAGCUGAUGCUGUCGGGCAGCUUGGGUGGAAGGCUAUGGUGAAGCAGGCGUACGAUGACGCAGGCACGUGCCGGGAAUUCAAGAACCGCGCCUGGGUAAAGCCGACACAUCCUUUCAACCCGGUAGAGUUCCUCAACACCUUGCUGUGUCACUUCACAUCUCACCUCCACCACUGCCGACACGACGACAUGUCGGAGCUCGUGCAAAAUGUCAGCCAACACAAGUAUCUCAUCGUCCUGGAGCAAGAACUAUCCAGCAUCGCAGACUGGGAUGCCAUCAGACUGUGCCUUCCAGAUGGCAACAACGGCAGCCGGAUCAUCGUCUGCACUAGGCACUUGGGGAUUGCACUUGCUUGCACCAGGGAGCCAUACCAGGUGUGGGAGCUAAGGCCCUUCUUUCGUGAUCAAUACCUUUAUGCAAUUUUCCCCAAGGGUCGUGGACAUCGCAUCGGCAUGGGUGAACUAUAUUGGCAACUUAGACGCCCUGGUGUUGUCUCUUUGUUGUGGAAUCAUCCUGAUGACCGCAACGAAUUUAUGCAACCGUUGCGUGGCGACGGAUGGAGAAAUUAUUUGAGAGGGCCAGAUCCAGAUGGGGUGGAAUUUGAACACUGCUGCUUGUACGACGUUCCUUAUAGAACAACUAGUAUUGACAUGCUGGUCGAGUUGACUGACAAAUUACUUAGAAGUUGUUAUCCAGAAGAAAAGCUCAAGACGAUGAGCUCCCAGGAUAGGAUUGCAAGGAGUCGUAAGCUUCUAACUGAACACAACUGGCUCGUCUGUAUCAGUAUCAUCAAGCGGGACUCCAUGGACUGGGACUUGAUAAAGCGGGAGCUCUUACACGAGUCUUCCAGAGGUUCUAUACUUGUUGUAACAAAAGAACAAAGUGUGGCCAACUACUGUGUAGACCACGAAUCUCGAGUUCUCGACGUCAGAGAUCUGCUAAGGGAUUCCCAUCAUCGUGGACAUGGAGAUCGAGGAGGCGAAAUAGAGAAAGAGGAUAAAUCCAAACCUGGUAAUUUUGUUGGGUCUUCCAGGUGUGCCUUUUCGCUGGCGUUGGAAAAUAACGGUGUGGUGUCUUUUUGGGGAAUUGCUGGCGUUGGAAAGUCAGCUUCGGUCAGAGAAAGGUACUAUGAAGAAAAGACACAUUCUCGAAAAAAGUUCGGCUGGGUGGAUGUGCCCCAUCCGUUCGAUAUGGAGGAUAUGUGUCGGCGAUUGCUUCUGGAUUUUUAUUCGGAUGAAGCCAAGGAAGGUGUGGCAAUUGCUAUGAUGGAAGGCCAGGACCCUACGCAGUGGUGUUCUAAAAUUCUGCAUGAAAACAAAUUCGUCCUUGUUUUUGAUGGUCUGCAGUCCAAGCAUGACUGGGACUUGAUAAAAGCAGCCCUGUUAUCCGAACCUAUUACUCCUGGUGGUACUACUGUUGUAAUUACACGUGAAGAAAGCAUCGCCACACAUUGUACAGUAGGCUCUCGUGAUAUUCACAACAUCAAAGGCCUAGAUGCUGAAUUAGCCCUUGAUCUCUUCACGGAGAUAGCUUUGGACGGCAAGCAAUUGUCUUCCCACGCGGCAGACAUUUUAAAUCUUAUCAUAUGCAAGUGUGGUGGGCUUCCAGAAAUAAUAACUGCUGUGGCGAGCGGUUGCAGAGACGUAAGACUUGUCGAGGGCUCACUGGGGUUGGGAGCUUUGAAUAACAUAAAUGAUAACUUCAUGUAUAUUUUGGAGGAGUUGCCAGAUCUAAAGGGCCUGUUUUGUUGGAUGCAAUCCUACUUUGAUUCUUGCUUGGAUGAACUCAAGCCAUGCAUCUUCUAUCUGUCUGUCUUCCCUUUGGACCAAAGCAUUAGGCGGAGGCGUUUGGGAAGGCGCUGGAUCGCAGAGGGUUACUCAUCUGGUGGUGGUGCUGCUGCUGCGGAAAAGAAGGGAGAAGAGCACUUGUCCAAGCUCAUGAAGUUGAGCAUAUUAUACAAGGAGCAAGAGACAAUAGGAAAAUUGAAAAGCUGCAAGGUCAAUGGUUUCUUCGGUUCAUACAUCAAGUCACGGCCCAUGGAAGAUAACCUUGUGUUUGCACUAGAGGGGUGUUGCAGCCCUAGCUCGGGACUCACUGGACAACACCUCACCAUAAGAAGCAGCUGGGACAGAGACGAGGCGGUAUUCAACAGCAUCGACUUGUCACGGCUGCGGUCUCUGACAGUGUUUGGGGAGUGGAAGUCAUUCCUCACCUCUGAAAAGAUGAGGCUGCUUCGGGUGCUUGAUCUGGAGGGCACUAAUACUUCAGAUGAUACAACUUGUGUAACAGAUGACCACCUGGAGGAGAUGGGCAAGAUGCUGCAUCGUCUCAAGUUCCUGUCGCUGCGAGGAUGCCAGCAAAUCACCCGUCUCCCAGAUUCACUAGGUGACAUGAGCCAGCUGCAGACCCUAGAUGUGAGAUACACAUCCAUAGUCGAGCUGCCAUCUAAUAUCAUCACCAAGCUACACAAGCUGCAGUACAUCCGUGCUGGCGCAAGAAUUGACACAAGCCUCCUCCUAGGGCAAACAGAAACACAAACAGAAACAGCAGGAUUACCUGUCCUAGGACCCAGUGCAGCAGUACCUGUGGCAUUCGUCACUGAGUCAUGGAAGAGGAAGGCACGGGCUUUGGUGGAAUCCACAAGCUGGUGGCAGUGCAAGAAACAGCAGGAUCUGCGCAGGCGCCGCCGUGUUGCAUCGAAUGGCGGUGGUGUUGAAGUUUGUCUUGCUGCUGCAAAGGGGGUAUGGAGGCUGACAGACAUGCAUACACUUGGUGUUGUGAAUGUUGCAGUUGGAAAGGGCGCCUUCCUCUUUCUGGAGGAGGUGAAGAAGCUUACCCAGCUGCGCAAGCUCGGGCUUUCCGGCAUAAACCGUAACAACUGGGACAUGCUCUGCAAUGCCAUCUCAAGCAACCUCCCUCACCUGGAAUCCUUGUCGCUCCAAUUGAUGCUGCUAGAGGAGGAAGGCGGCAGCUUUGACUUUGCCUGCUUCGACCACAUCGCCGAGCCGCCCAAGACCCUAGAGAGCCUUAAGGUACUUUACACGACGACGACGACGACCGGACCUUCAGCUGCAGGCGUUGCACGCAUAAACCUUUCCUGGUUGGCCAAGUGUCCAACCUUUAGCCAUGAGGUUAGAAUAUCAAGUCAAGAGGACAUACGCCACAUCGCUACUCUUCAACAACUCGGAGUUCGCGUAGUUCAUAUCAAGCCCAUCGAGGAGCAUCUCAGUUUUGAGAAUGACCAAGACGGACGUGAGAUAUAUUUCAACUAUGUCGACUCCCUCAAGAUCGAAUGCUCCGGUACCUUGUCACCAUCAAAGGUAACGUUUGGAGAUUUGGUUAGGUUUAAUGUCGAUCAAGUCAGCAUCCACUGUUGCUGCAGCUCGUCAGCUGGUACUAGUACUGCGGGGUCGUCGUCGUGUAGUUUGCAGAUUGCUAAGUUCGCUCUAGAAGGAAGACUCGGUUGUGGCACGCUGACGGUAACGGGUACCUACGCCGAUGGCCUCGAGCGAGACUUGCUCAAUAGCAUCGGGUUGGAACGUUCAGAAUUUUGAGUACCGUGUGAUCUGUGUGUUGGGGGUUGUAGCAUGUGUGUAUUUAGCUGCUCUGGGAAUGUAUCCCCUUUUUUUCUUUCUCCACAUUUAUAUUUCCUGUAAUAGCUGGCAGCCCCAGCACAAGGCUUCUGUAUCAGUUUUCUUUGC